GCAUGUGUGGUUUGAACGUGUGCAAGAAUUUGUGUGUGAUGUGUUCUGGAGUUUGGGAAUGUGUUUUGUGUUAUUUUUGUUUGAGCAGGUUUUUUGUGAUGAUAGAUCUUGAGAAGAUCUUUCCGACGCAACGAGAAUCCCUUCAAUCGGAGCAAGAACGCGAAAGCUAUGAAGAUUCAAAGUUCAUGAGCUUGCGUUACAAUUGCGGCGGUUACAAACUCGCCAAGAAUGCUUGUCUGCAUGGGCUGACAAAACACAUAAGGCCUAAGUGGCAUUGGGUGAGGAGACUCCUCAAUAAGGAGGUGCGGCUGGAGAUAGUGAAGACCCAUCAGCAGGCAGCAGAUAUUUUCACCAAGCGUCUGGCGGAGGCGGAUCAUUGGAAGGGCAUGAAGCUUGCUGGGAUGAGUGUGCAUUGAGUAUGCAUGCUUGAGAUGUUGGUAUGGUGGAUGAUGGUUGGCAGCCAGAGGGGGAGAUUGUUGUGUGAUGUCAUCAUAUGCUAUCACAUUCUGUCUGCCUCCCAUCCCAUAUUUUUCAACUUGCAUGUGUGGUUUGAACGUGUGCAAGAAUUUGUGUGUGAUGUGUUCUGGAGUUUGGGAAUGUGUUUUGUGUUAUUUUGUUUGAGCAGGUUUUUUGUGAUGAUAGAUCUUGAGA